AUGAGGACAAUGUACGCCGAGUUCCUGCGACAGUACGAGGAUCUGCGACACAUGUCACUCGCUGAUCCCUCGCCUGAUCGCCUCGCUAGUCGAACGUGCUAUCUCCCUCAUCAUGGCGUGUUGCGUGGUGCGAGCGCCUCCACCAAAUUGAGAGUCGUCUUUAACGGCUCUUCUAGCCUCGCUUCCGGUGGGUCCCUAAAUGAACAUCUCCUUCCGAGACCAAACCUGCUGCCAGCUCUAGCAGACGUUCUCCUCCGGUGGCGUACGCAUAGGUACGUCAUAGCCUCGGACAUCGAGAAGAUGUUCAGGCAGAUCCAAGUUCAUCAGGCCGAUCGCGACCUGCAACGUAUUCUCUGGCCUCACAACAGGACCGACGACGUCAGAGAAUAUCAGCUCAACACGGUCACCUAUGGUCUCACAUGCGCUCCGUUCUUGGCCAUAAGGACUCUCAGGCAGUUGGCCGUUGACGAGGAGAGCGCCUAUCCCCUUGAAGCGGCGACCCUACGGUAG